UCCGAUCUAUGCUCCAGUCCAUUAGGUGGCGGUAAUCCACCUCUAAGCUGCCAAAAGCAGAAGAGUCUGCAUUUCAUUCAUACAGCUGGCGACUGGACUGGAGUCCUGGAGGAGUCUGAUGCUGUCGGUCUUGGCUCACAGCUUCUUGUUUUUAUUUUUUUUUCCGCUGAAGAUGAGCUUUGAGGGUUUUUUCUCUGUGGAGUUUCUAUUCUGGCGACUUGAGAGGAAGAGCUGAGCUGCUGCUCGAGGGAAAUCCCGAAAACAUGACCUGAAAGGAGCGGAUCCCCCAAAGAAAGUGACUUGAUGAGUGUAACUUAGUUUAAUGCUUCAGACACGGGCUACUUUCAGCUGCUUCCAAAGUCAAAAUUUCCUUUUUUUACGUGCACCUGUAUGCAGCACCACAUCAUGGCAGCAGCAUGUUGCGUGUUUGUUAUUUCGCUCUGUUUCCAGUUUAAAACAGCUGUAGCUUUUCUACUGUGAGCCAACGCGUUGUUCACUGUAGGUAAAGCCUGCUGUAACGACUGAUGAUCAGGACUGUCAGAGAGUCUAUUCAGAGUGGGAGGUUCUGUUUAUGUGGUGUGUUCAAGAGUUUCGGGUUAACACGAAUCUGGGAGAGUCGCCGUUACAUCCGUUAUUUGUUGUCUUGUUGACUGAAAUCGCAGACACAGAGUUCCAGUGGCGCAAAAUGUCUGCAGGAACUUCCCGGUGUCAGAACAUCUGAAACAUGUUUUAUGUUUGGUUCGCAUUUUGUUUGACCCUCACAGCUCGGAUUGUGACCGAAGUCCAUUCCUCCUGUCUGAUCUUCGCGUAAUUCGGACUGUGGGGCAGCGAGUAACCUUGAUGUUUGCAGUUUCCGAGCUGUAGCGCUCAGCUGCAAAAACGACAGCGCCGAUCAAGCAGCGCAUUUAAUGGCUCAUAAUCUGUCACGUGUCGAACACGUCACCCACCCCCACCCAAAAAAGGAAAACAAAAACACUUAUUCGUUGCCAAAAUAAACAUCAGCUGUUCAGUUUUUCCUCACAAAUGUUGUCCGCUGCGGUUUUCCUGUGUUUGCUGGUCAUCCUGGUUUCCGGAUUAAAAGAGCUCAUUGUGAAUCCUGGACAAGAUGCCCCUCUUCAGUGUCAGGGUUCCAGAGAUGCAGAGAUCACCCUGUUGGAGUGGAACAGAGCUGACCUCAAAUCAGAUGAUUAUGUCUUCUUGUACAGAAACCAGCGCCCAUAUGAAAACUACCAACAUGAGUCCUUCAAAGGCCGAGUGAACCUGAUGGAUCCGUCCAUGAAGGAUGGAAAUGUUUCAGUGACGCUGAGGAACGUCAAGCUCACCGAUACAGGAACGUACAAGUGUCAGAUUACAACCAAGGAAACAGAAAGUGUCACCCAUGAGUGCUCCAUCAGCCUCAAAGUCACAACCUCAGAUAAACACACCAAGGAGUCCCAGGCUGAGUCCAAGGAUGGAGGAGAGAGGGAUACGUGUCUGUCUGUCAUCAUCCCUGUCCUGUCAGUUUUUGCUUAUUACUGAUAUUAUGUAAUUGCCCGCAGAACCUGAAAAAUGUGUCCGAUCUCUUUACUGACAGUGAGUUCUGCUCUUCAACAAAGACGAAUCUUUCAAUAGGAUCUGAUUCUGUUAGAGCUUCAUGCAGCGCAUUGACAACCUCACCAAUCAUUACAGUUAAAUCAGUCAAUGUUAGAUCAGUGCUGUCCCAUUGUGGCUGUAAAAGGCUUUGAGUUUAACCCUGGGUUUUAUGUACUUGUAGCUUUAUUGUUUGAAGCCUACAGCAGAGCUUGGCUUUUCUCUGGGAACAGGCAGCAGGUGGAGGAGCAGCUGGUAUGCUGGUUGAGUCUUUCCAAAAGAAAAAAUCAAUCUAUCCUUUUUCUUUAGCUUAUCUGGAGUGGGUUAUGGGAGCCCCAGCCUGAGCAGAGAAGGCUAGACCUCCUUCUCACCAGCCACUUCCUCCAGGUUGUCCUGGAGCCUCCUCUCAGUGGAAAAAAUGAAACGAGUAGGUGUUGUUUUUGUUUGGGUGGGGGGGCUGCUUUGAGAAAGACCAACAGAAUCAGCAUUAACAUGUAAUAUAAGCUAUAUAUCCCAGCGCAUGUGGGCAGAGGUGGAGGCAUGCAGUGCAUCUAUUGUAGCAAGGCUUGGAACAUCUUAGAUCCAAAGUAUACUACUGAAUAAGCUCCUUAUUACCUUCUUUAAGCACUUUGUUUUGCACUUUAAAAAAAUAUUUGUUUUUUAACCAACUGCAGGCACUUUCCUCCUUUUUGCUGAGACCGUAUCAGUGGUUUCCAUUCAGAUGACCUCACAUUUAAGAUCACUGGCUCAGGCAUCCCUGGACUGUUUUCAGCACAGCUGCAGUUUUAAGAUCUCAGCAGACAUCCUAUUAUGUCCUCUUGUACUUGUGUCUCUGUGAUCAAUCGUCUUAAAUGAGUCAGAACUGGGACCUUUCAAAUCAUUUUCACUUUUGGGAAGUGGACAACGUCACGGGGAGGCUAGUGUGGUGAAUAGGGUGGUGAUCAAAGAUUUCACUCAGACUUUAAUGUACAGAGAGGGUCAGACACCUCCUACAAUUUGUGUUUAAGACUGACUUGAAUUUCAUUCCUGAGCAGUUUUCUGAUGAAGACAUUCAAAGACUGGUGGCAGGUCUAAAAACAGCAGCUGCACCUAAAACAGUCCAGAGGUUUCUGAUUUUUUAUUAAUCUGUUCUUUGGUUUAUAAAGAAUGUACUUUUAUUAUAUAUGUGUAUUAAAGUUAUCUGUUAGUCAGUGUUAGGGGACCAUGAUCAGCCGUUACCAUUGUUUAUCGUGCUUCAGUUUGUUUAAUGCGCAGCAUAUAAUCCUGACAAAUAUACAACACAUUGACUCAUCACUGAGUGAUGAGUCAAAUACAUUUUAAAUAAGCAAUUCAUAUAAUGGAAAUCUAUCAGUGCAAUGAUUGGAUAAAAUCUGUUGAAGAAACUGAGCAGGAGUUUACUCCACAUCAGGAGGAAACAAGACUCUGUGUGUUUGUACAUGUCAGAUGGAUGACAUACAUAAGCUAUAAAGUGUUGUGAUUACGUCAUUAUUAAAAUUCGCAGUGUUCCUUGUUUUCUUUGUUUUAUAUUAACCGUUUGUGUGAAUGUUCUGACUACACACAUCUGACUUCAUCUAGAAGGCUGAAGGAUGUGUAUGGUGGUUUUCAUGUGAGGCCUUUUAUUUUGUCUCUGAAGUAGUAAGUGGGGGCAGGCCCCAUGAUUGGAAGGUCGGGGGUUCGAAUCCUCUGAACGGCUACCCUGAGGUACCCUGAGCAAGGUACCGUCCCUACACACUGCUCCCUGGGCGCCAAUGGCUGCCCACUGCUUCCCACUGUCUGUUUAAUAUCUUUUUAAAAUAAUGUUAAAUCUUAUUUUGGGUCAAAGUCAGAAAACAUUUAAAACACGUCAUGUCAGAUUUGACUGCUGAUUCUAUGCGUGCAUAUUUUAUGCCCUGGUGACCAUAAACAUUAAAGGAGGUGUAGAUGAUGCUUCACAAAUAACGACCAGUGUUUCCUGAUGGCUGCAGAGCAUGGUGAUAUGCUGUCGUCCUGCAGCUGCGGUGCCAGAGAUGAGUCCAUCCUGUGGAGAUGAAAGCUUAGUUUAACUUUGUCGUGUUGCAAAUCACAUCAAGUUUCACCUGGAUGAGAAAACAGUCUUGGAGUCAUAACUGGUUAUGGUGAUCUUGGACUAGUUAUUUUUCCUCCCACCUCCUUAGAUCACCAUGACCUGCAUGACUGAAAACCUACAGAGACUUGGUUAUUGUUUUUAUUGAUGUUUUUGACUCACUGUCAGUGGAUCAUGAGUUCUGUUUAAAGGAUCAAGGGUCAACACUCCCUCCUCACAUCCAGCUGUGGCCCUGCCACCCUCAGAGCUCUGUGCAGACCCCAAUUUAAAAAUAAAUUGUCCCUAAAUGUCUGUUUUCAUCCGUCCUUUUAACAGGAGCUGUUUUAAAAUUUUCUUCCUUUUAGCUCAAAGUGGUAAAUCUGUACCUAAGAUGCAUGCAGCUCUUGGACACUUUGUGUCAACAACUAGAAGCCUUUGGUGAAACUUACAGACUAGCCCGUCCUUACUUUCACAGGAAGUCGGAGCUGAUCAUGUUUUUUUUUUUUCUCUGUAAUUUUCCAGGAUCACAUCGGAACCCACAAAAGUCUCUGUGUGGCUAAAACAAAAUAAGACUGUUUGUAUCACAGUAAACUAGACAUAUAGACACUAUUACUGACCAUUACUGACAAAAUGAUUCGAAAACUGUGGACAUCGGUUUCUGUUUUACAUGCUUUCUGUGUCUGUUUAUCUCUCCAUCAGAAAAUGUUUCACUCAUCUCCACAGUUUUUAAGUCUCGAGCAGCAGAACAGCUGCACGCCUUGAACAUCUGUUUUCUCCCCCUGAGACUUAAAAUAUGAGCAAAGAAAUAGGCCGUGAAAGGAGGACUGAUGGUGGAGUGGCUGUGAUCAUCAAGUGUUUUUGAGGAGAAAGAAGAUGUGCUGCCACCUGCUGGCUGUACUUUGUAACUGAAAUUGUGAUAAAACGAUGACAUAGAUCAUUUCUUUAGGUUUAACUUUGAUUUGAUAUAUAAUGCCCCCCCCCCCCCUUCUGUUAUAUUUUGAAGAUUAGUCUCCUGUUGUGUUUCUGUUUACUGCAUUUACUAUUUCAUUCCUCACCCAAAACCACUGUGAGCCUUUCAUGCUGAAGGAUGUCUUGAUUCUUAAAAUGCAUCGUGAGGAUUGCGAAGCUCCAGGAGGAGCUGUAAUUUUGUUUAUAUUGUUUAAAGGUCUUGUAAUUACUGAGAAUAUUUUAUUAUAUGAUUAUAUUAUGAUCUAAAUAUUUAAAUCAUAUAUGAAUGUAUUGUUUGUAGCAUAUAUGCAUGAAGAUCACUGGACUGUAAUAAUUUAUAAUGUACAUGUGAAGCUGAAUUGUUUUGUGUCUGCAACAGUGUGUAACUUGAGUGAUGCAACAGUAAAUAUAAAUAUUA